AUGACGCGUGAACUCACCAGUGCCCUCCAGCACCUCACCUCCGCGCCGACCUUCUCCAGCCUCGCCGUCGCCGGCAUCAGCAUCUUCAGAUGCCUCGAUGACCCUUACUGCAUCCCCUGGGCAGGCCUCACCGAGCUCACACUCAACAACCUCAGCUACAUCUCCACCUGCCUCGCGCUCCUCGCGCUAUGCCCUCUCCUCGAGCGCUGCACCAUAAGCGUCGACGGCGCCGCGUUCCACCGCCUCGACCCAUCAACCGAGCAGCACGUCCGCCCACACCAACCACCAGGCCACACGAUCGCCCAACCCCGCCUUGCCGCCCUCGCGCUCACCCUCUCUGGCGAUGUCCUCCCCGCGCUCUUCGCUGCCCCGCUCCACGCCCCCGCGCUCUGCUCGCUCACCCUCUCAAUCAACCUCUUGUCCGGCCCCACCCCCACUUGGCCACACGCCGCCUUCGCGGCAUGGCUCACCCGCGCCCAGUGCACACUGGAGCGCAUCACGCUCCGCCGCACGGGCAUGCAGGGCAGCGAGUUCUAUUCAUGCCUCGCGCUGCCCGCGUUCACGGGGGUGCGGGAGCUCACGGUGCAGGAGUUGACGCCGCGCGAGGCGGGAUGGUUCCCCGCGGGCUCGGUGGAGUGCAUCUCGCGGGAUGCGCUCGCAGCGCUGACCGUUAGGGGCGGAGGCGAGGGGGGGUGCGUGCUCCUCCCGAAGCUGGAGGUGCUGGUGCUGCAGGGGUGGUGUGUGGAGGGGGGCGGCGGCGCGGCGCUGGUGGAGAUGGUCAGGUCGCGGCGUCGUGCUGGAGGAGGAGGAGGAGUGCAGUUGAGAAAGUUUUCGUGGUCGAGGAUGGCGGAUUAUGAUUAUCUUGAUAUUGGGGACCCCUGUACUCUCAAGAUGCUGAUGGAGGGGGGGCUGGACACCGGCGAGAAGAACCUUGCUGCUGCUGUUAACGUCGACUUCUGCUCUGACAUUUGUGUGUCGUUGUGGGAUCUCAUCUCAACUCCUUUCUAA